AUGCCGGCUUGUACACCGGCGUUUAAUCGCAUAUUGGACGAUUUGGCCAAGCGUCAAUUAAAAUUAGAUUUUGAAUUUGGCGGGGAACGCGCCAAUUAUGAAGCCUUGCGUUCUAUAGGGAGUGGUGCAUUUGGUAUUGUCUGUGAGGCCAAAGACCGACACAAUGACAGAAAGGUACAAAAACUUUCUUUACAAUAAAUAUUCCACCUUCGUGUAUUAAACAAUCAUAUACAUAAUAGUUUAUCUUCAGGUAGCUGUCAAGAAAAUAGGACAUGCUUCAGCAACUCCAACAUUAGCACGACGAACACUAAGAGAGAUCAGAGUACUACGGUACAUCAGACACCCCAAUAUAGUCUCGCUCAGAGACGUAUUUAGGACCAAUGGAAGCCUAGGAAUGAACGUAUUUCUGAUAAUGGAUCUCAUGGAGUGGAGUUUACAUCAUGUCAUUCAUGGUAGUGCAGAGCCUUUGGACUUUGACUUGAUUGCUCAUUUACUUAUGCAAAUUUUGCGAGGACUUAGAGUGGGUUUUACCACAGUGCAUUGAAACGUAUUGUCUUUCCCUAAACGUAGAUGUAAUUGUUCAAUAUUUGCUGACUACGCAGUUCUUUGUGAUAAAAUAAAACUCAUCGCAACUGAUAAAAGCUUCCGGCAAUUGAUAAAUUUUAAUUAUGUUUUAGUAUCUCCACGCCGCCGGGAUUGCUCAUCGAGAUCUGAAACCUUCCAACCUACUGGUCAACAGCGAUUGUCAUCUCAGAAUUGCUGACUUUGGCAUGGCCAAAUUGGCCUUAAAAGGCCCAAUCGAUGAAGCUGACGAACAUUGCUUUUACAUGACACAACACAUAGCAACCCUCCCUUACCGAGCCCCAGAACUCUUGUUCGUCAUGCCAGAGCACUCGACAGCCGUCGACUUGUGGGCCCUCGGGUGUAUAUUUGCAGAAAUGAUUUUAAGACGAGAGCUUUUCCCAGGUCGAAGCGUUGGCGGUCAAAUAAAACUUGUCAUCAAUCAACUGGGCACGCCACCAACAGAGGUGAGUCACUUUACAAAAGCAAACCGUAUCGGUAAAACGAAACUAAUCGAGUUAAUCAGUUCAGAUGAUCGAUGAGAUCUGUUGUGACAAAACAAAGAAUUACUUAACAAGUUUUGGACAAUUGUCGCCCCGCUCGUGGGAAGAAAUUCUCAUAUCAAAAGACCAUGAACCCAAUCCAGCAGCCGUUGACCUCAUCUCAAGACUUACCCAGAUGACUCCCCAUGACAGAAUCGACGUUCACAAAGCUAUGACACACAGAUUCUUCAGACCGUUCGUGCAAAAUAUACCAAACGAACCAACCUGCCCUUUUAAAGUAAGCUUUUCUGAAAAGUAUUUAACAUUCGUAACCACAUUUAUAUCGUUAACUGAAAGUUGGAAUGUCAUAUUCAAUUACAAACUCGAUAAAAGCCAAUAAACCAACCUUUGUUUAGGUCAAAAUGGACAUGGCAGCAGUAGAAUCACUAAACCACAAUGAACUGGUCAAAAUGCUAGAGAAAGACGUACGGUCAGCCGAGUCUUCUGAUUCGCAUGAUACAAAAGACCAACACACUCGACUACAGUCUGGACAAAUGGGUUCGUCGUCAGGCGCUUCCUCUAACGGCUUCACGUUAAGCGAUUCAUCUGGCGACCAGAUGGAUGACAAACAACAAAGCCGUCGUUCUCUCUCCUCAGCGUUCUAUUCCGAAGACGACGAAGCACUACGGAAAAGAGAACGAUCAGUGGAAAUCACAGCCUUGUAA